AUGCAAUUCACAGAUUUAUUAGUUCAUAUUCUUACACAUUCAGAAACAAGGACAACUGUUGCCGAUGCAGUUUACGCAAUGAAUAUGAUUAUUCAAGGGGUUCCUUCAAAUUUUCGCCAAAAUGCUUUGGUUGAUACUGUAACAUCCGGAUUCUUAUAUAUGAACAAAAGUACUCAAGAAGAAAUCAAAGCAGCAAAGGACUCACUUGAAACAUCAAUCCUUUCCAUCAAUAAGAAAUCUGCUGAUUUAGAAGAGCUAAAAUAUAAAUGCAAAGCAGAUGUAGAGAUAGCCAGAAAGGAUCAAUGGACAAUGAAGAAAACAAUAGAUGAACACUAA